GCUGGGCUGGGCUGGGCAGAGGCAGAAUGCUUCUGGGCGGUUCUCUGGGGAGAGGGGAAUUGAAAAGAAAAAGCAUCUCUGAGGAGGGCAGCGAGGGCGGGAGGCUGUGUGGCAUAGGUACACACACACACACACACACACACACACACACAGCCGCCCUGAAUUAGCCUAAGCCUCACUUGGGAGGGAGAGCAGCGUCUGCUCUUUGCUCUUGGAGCUGCUUUCUGUUGCUUCCCCGCCCAUCUGUGCUGUCAGCAGCGCCAGCAAAGUUGGCCUCGAACUUGAACGGAACUGAAGGCUCCAGCUUCCAGGGACUCUGUGGGGCAGCAGGCAGGACUCAGCCUCUGAACUUGGAGCUGGCUCGGAGAAGCCGGCCCUCUCCGCCCACAGCUGGCCUUUGGUCCUCUGGUGACCCUUUUGCCCCUGACCUGUAGGCCCCCAGUCUGGGCUGAGGAAUGGUACACUGAGAUCCUUCUGGAGCCCCUUGUUCCUGCCUGGAGCUGGAGCAGCCUAAGGCCUAGGCCGACAUGGCCAACCCCAUGCAGUCUCAGUUUCCCCCAGCACGGGAGCCAGGGACCUCCUCACCCCUGGACCUGCCGGAGAUGGAGAUGCUUCUCACCAAGGUGGAGGGCAAGGAUGACAAGCCCCUGAAGCUGUCCAAGUCCCUGUCAGGGGCUCUGGACCUGGAGCAGAACGGCCAUGGCCUGCCCUUCAAGGUGGUAUCUGAGGGGCACCUGGCGGCCUCCCUCCCUCAGUCUCGGGCCAGUUCGAGGCGGGCCUCCUCCACUGCCACCAUCUCCUACGCCCAGGACCAAGAAGUUCCCAAAGAUUACCUCUUCUUAGCCAUCGCCUCCUGCUUCUGCCCUGUCUGGCCCCUCAACCUCAUCCCCCUCAUCUUCUCCAUCAUGUCUCGAAGCAGCGUGCAGCAGGGGGACGUGGACGGGGCCCGCAGGCUGGGGCGCCUGGCCCGCAUGCUCAGCAUCACCUUCAUCGUCAUGGGGAUCAUCAUCAUCGUGGUGGCCAUGACCGUCAACUUCGCAGUUCCAAAGAAAUAAAAGUACCCAGGGCUCUGUGCGAGCAGAGGCAGGCUGUGGCCAGGUGCAAUGCUCCCAACCCACACACCUCGUACCACGGAGGACAGGACCGUGACUGCCCACCUGUCCCCGAGCUCCAAAAGCACAAACUUGGAGGGAAACCUCUGAGUCACUCCAUUGUCAGCCCAUAACAGAUGGGAAAAACGAGAGGAAGAAAGGAAGGAAGAAAACUAAGUUUACUGUGAAACCAGUGAAUCAUGUGGUUUAAUCUCAUGGACGCAGCCCCGGCAUUUUGACCCCAGUGUUCUGGCCUGUUUCUCAUCCCCACCAUUUCCCAUCAACCUAGCAGCAUCUACUGCCAGAGGAGAAGAAACCAGCCCCACAAACCGAUGAACUAUGCUGGGGAGAGAAGCAGCACACCCUGCAUAACCAGGAGCAAAGACGUGGGACGCUACCGUUGUAUUUCUCUUGGAAUGAGGGAUGAGAACAGAUUGUGCCACACACCUGCUGUGAUCCCAGCUGGUGCCCUGAGCUCCGAGGCCGAGCUGCUGCCCAGCAUAUGCCCUGGAAUCUCCAGCACACAGAUGAGCAGCUGCUCUGGAAAAAGGCGACAGCCACACUUAACUCCUCCAUUGCAGGCUGGAGGCACCGGUAGGAAUGUCAACCCACAGACCUCUCCCUGAACUUUUCGGCCUCGGGAACGUCUCUACUAAGAGCUGUGGUCCUGGCAAGGCUCCCAGGAUGACCCCAUCCACCUGCUGCUCCCUACCUGUGCUCCCUACCUGCACCAAACAAGAACUUCCAGGGCCUGACUGCCCCACCCUCUGGUCAGCCAGUGAGGAGGGGCAGGGGGGCCUGAGCUCUCUGCUGCCAUGCACCCCCCCCCCACUGUCCCCAUGCAGACUGGCUCAGAUGGGGCUCCUGGCUCCCAACCCAGCCACACCUGAGGCUCUGUGCCUCACCCUGUGCCCCUGGCCACCCACAAACAGCAGAGGCUUUCCCUGGAGGAGGCUUUGGGCCACCCUGGGGAGCACUUCCCAUGGGCUCCUACUCCUUAGCAGUGUUUGUACUCCCUAUAAGGGAGUGGGCUAGAGAGUUCUCCUGAAGGUUUGUUUGUUGGUGUAGAGAAUUCCAAGACAGAGGGAAGAGCUUGGUUGAAGGAUCCAGUCUGUGGGAGAGUGGGGGACCCUGAGUUCGGGAAUACACUCAUAUGCCCGGAGGCAGGGGGCUAGACACCACAGCCUUUGUCUCAGGACCUAAUGGUAUACCUGAAAGGACCAAGUGGGACCCCCGGGCCUCCUGCCUGGCUUUUGGCCCCAGAUUCUCCCCAGACUCCUCUCUGGUACAGGCUCUGCCCACAGGUGCCUCCCCUGCCACCACCUCUCCCACUGGCUUUGGCUUCCAGACACUCGGAGGGACACGCUCCAGACUUUCCUGCCCUGGGAGGCCCUGCCUAGCAGCCACGGUUACUGCACUCAGUGGGAGGGCAGGUUCCCAGCCACAGCCAGACUGGCCCCAGGUGAGCCAAGAAUGUUUUCCCUGCACCCAUUCAGGACCCUCAGAGACCCCUGGGAGGGAGCCUGUUAGCACAGAGACUUUGUCUGCCAGGAGGGGCUCUGGGUCCUGGGUGCAUCCCUGAGUCUUCUGGCGGGGACAGGGCCCAGGGCACUGGGACAGGCUUUCCUCAGUCAGUCCCCCACCAAGGAGUAAACUCGGCCUCUCCCUACCCUGAAGGAGGGGCUGGCUGGGUUUGCUUUAUGGGAAGUUUGAGGCCAAAAUAGAGUUUCCCCUAUUUGUCAGAGGAGUGUGGGGAUGAGCCCAGAGUAUUUGUGUCACUCGCAAGGUCAGGUCAGGCCAGGGAGAUGUGAGGUCUAUGGAAUGUGACUUCAUAGGCCUCAGCUCUGGAAUGAGGGACCAGGCACUGACAGUUUCCCAGCAGGCCCCAGGGGUCUCCAGCUUCAGCAUUUUUGGGAGAAGAGAGAAACAAACCAUGGUCUCCUAGGAAAUAUGAUGGUAGAGGUGGGCCUUUGCAGCCCGUAUGCACGGGACUGACACACACACACCCAGACACCCCUGCCACCUGCAGUCACACAGACAUGCACAGACGCUGCCAUGGACUCACGCCCACACAUACACACGCGUGUUCACACUUCAAACCCAGAACAGUUGAGAAAGAGAGAAGUCACCAGCAGAUAGCCACAGGAACAGCCACAAGCUGGAAUGUUCUUCCAUUCAGGCAAGAGCAACUUGAGAGUUUUCUAGUCGUACCAAGGACGUAGCUCAGAGGUUUCCAAGGGGUGUGGAAAGAGCAGAGACCCCAAGAGAUCGGUUCCUCUGGCAGAGAGGAGCACAGGGCCCGAGGAUGAGAAACCUGGCAGAGAUAAGACUGGGAGGGAGGGUGCCCCGCUAUCCCCGCCCCCCAGGCAGCCUGGCGGCCCAGGCCUCCCUGAAGCUGAAGGGAACAGCAGUCCUGCUGACCAAGCUCUAUUGUAGGUCCAGCCGCUGGCUUCUUGAACACAGUGGCCCCCGCCCGGCUCAGGGUGCGGACCCAGCUUCUCCCCGUGUCCCAUAGGGAGCAGCGAGAACAACCCCUCACCCCUGCUGGCCCCACACUCACCAGUUCCCUCCUCUGUAUUUCUCAGCAUGGAAAGAAAUAAAGCCGACCCUACAUGUGUA